AUGACAAAGUUCCGCCCCUGCAUAGAUCUGCACGCCGGCAGCGUCAAGCAAAUCGUCGGCGGCACGCUGUCCACCUCGACGCCCUCCAAUCUGAAAACAAACUGGACCUCCGAACACCCCUCCGCCUACUACGCCGCGCUGUACAAAGAACAUGGCCUCGCAGGCGCGCACGUGAUAAUGCUCGGGCCCGGCAACGACGCUGCGGCACAGGAAGCGCUCGAAGCGUGGAGAGGCGGUAUGCAAGUCGGCGGCGGGAUCAAUGAGGGGAAUGCGCGCGAGUGGAUUGAGAGGGGUGCUGAGAGAGUCAUCAUAACAUCCUACCUCUUCCCCAACUCAAUCUUCAGCAUGGACCGCCUGCGCGCCGUCCUCUCCACGCUGGACAACGACAAGAACAAGCUCGUCAUUGAUCUGUCGUGUCGACGGAAAGGGGACAAGUGGUUCGUUGCGACGAACAAAUGGCAGACUAUCACAGACUUCGAACUCAACCAAGAGUCGAUACAGCUCCUCGAACCCCACUGCUCCGAGUUUCUCAUCCACGCCGCCGACGUCGAAGGCCUACAGCGCGGCAUCGACCACGAGCUAGUCACGAGGCUGGCCGAGUGGUGCAGCAUUCCCGUCACAUACGCAGGCGGAGGACGGUCGAUUGCGGAUCUGGAGCUCGUGAAGGAGCUGAGCAACGGCAAGGUGGAUCUGACGAUUGGCAGUGCGUUGGAUGUUUUUGGGGGCUCGGGUGUCAGGUUUGAAGAGUGUGUUGCGUGGAAUAGGAAGCAGACAUAG